AUGGUGAAAACAAAGCAGAAGCGCACAGGAAAAGUUCCUGGUAAAAAAAGUGGUACUUCUUCACAUGACCUUGUUGAUUCUCGAAACUUUGACAAUCAACAUGAGGAUAGUGAUUGGGUUAUAGUGAAAAAGCAGAGAGUAACCAUUCUGGUACCUGCUGCGCCUCUCAAGGAGAGAUCGGCAAACCAAGGACCAAAUCACACACAACUUAUGCCUCCUGAAUUGGCAAGUAACCACGUGCGGCUUCCCAUCGAGACAUCUACUAUACAUCCUUCAGGUAAUGAACAUGAAAAGACCACUUUAUUGACUGGCCAAAAAGAGACACGCACCGAGAGAAGAGCUCCUCCGAUCUUACCUAAACCAACUGUGGUCAAUCCACCAUCUGUAGAUCAGAGAACAGAAUCAGAUAAUCCACGUCAAAUGAAUAGUUUGAAGUCACAUAAACAACAUGGAAUUUCUGAUACAUCAAAAGUUAUUAAGCAGCCCAGAAUACUACUUCCACCAAGAAGGCCCUCCAACCUGGAAACUUUGAAUAAAAACUUGAGAGCAUCAAAUCUGGAGAGGAAGCUUGAAAGAGCUGGUGGACUGAGCAAGUGGCUGACAUCACUUGGACUGGGGCAGUUUGUGAGAAUUUUUCAGGGUAAAGGUCUAAGCAAGUAUCAGCUGGUAAAUCUAACCAUGAAAAAACUCAAGGAUAUGGGUGCCAAUGCAGUAGGACCUCGUAGGAAACUGAUUCAUGCCAUGGACUGUGUUUGUCAGCCAUAUUGCUUUGAGACGUUGUAA